AUGGGAGCGUCAGAUGCAGCUUCAGCGGCAGCCCUUAGAUACAACAAGAACAUCGAACAUGUGCGAGCGGCUGAAUACCCUACUCUGCAAGAUGUCAUAUAUGUAGACCACGCUGGAUCAACGGUAUACGCCCAAUCACUUAUCCAGUCGUACGCGAGAGACCUCCAGAGCAACCUAUACGGGAACCCUCAUUCGGACAACACCCCAUCUCGCGUGUCCGGCGCCCACGUUGAUGCGAUUCGCGAGCAGCUCCUUCGCUUCUUCGGAGCAAGCCCUAACGAGUUUGACCUUGUUUUCACAGCUAACGCGACUGCUUCCAUCAAACUCGUUGGCGAGUGCUUAUCCCACUAUACUCGGCCCCGUCGAGCGUCUCCCUUGAGCAGGCGGCGGGGAUUCAAGUAUGUCUACCACCAGGAUUCUCACACGAGUCUGGUCGGACUGCGUGAGAUAGCCGCUGGUGGAAGCAUGUGCCUGUCAAGGGACGCGGCCGUCGAGCACUGGAUUAACCAGAGAAAUGGUGACUGUGGACGACGGACUAUCACACUCUUCGCGUAUCCCGGCCAGAGCAAUAUGACGGGUCGCCGGAUGCCACGUUCAUGGCCUCGUAGGAUCCGUCAAAACUGCAAAAACACAUACGUCCUCUGGGAUGCCGCCGCGAUAGCCUCUACCUCCCCCCUAGACCUAUCAGACGCUGAAUCCGCCCCGGACUUCACCGCGGUCUCUCUAUACAAGAUAUUUGGAUAUCCGGAUGUCGGGUGCUUGAUCGUGCGCAAAGCAGCUGCCGACAUUCUCCAGCAACGCCGGUACUUCGGUGGCGGCACGGUGGACAUGGUCAUCAACUCGCCCUCAGCCCGAAUCCCCCGCUGGCACGCAACCAAGACCGAGUCUAUCCACGAAGCCCUAGAAGACGGGACACUCAAUUUCCACUCGAUUGCCGCGAUCCCACACGCCAUCGAGACGCACUGCCGGUUAUUCGGGAGCUUGAAUGACAUCUCAUCGCACUGUGCGUUCUUGAUCGCGGACUUAUAUCAAAAGCUCGUAUCCGUGCGCCAUUCAAACAAUGCACCCCUCUGCCGGAUCUACACCGGCUCAGGCCAGCAGAGCUUUGGGGAUCCAAAUCUCCAAGGCCCAACCAUUGCGCUAUCUGUCUUAAACCCGUCAGGGAAUAUCCACGGGUACGCAGACGUCGAGCGCCACGCAGACAGAGAGAAGAUAUACCUCCGCAGCGGGAGCGUCUGUAACCCCGGGGGCAUGGCAUAUCUGGGCUGGGUGCGGAUGGAAGAUAUGAAAGCGGCGUGGAGUGCGGGCCAUCGCUGCUCAGAUCCUAUCCAGGAAGUUUAUGGGCAGACGACUGGGAUUGUACGGGUUAGUCUGGGGGCGAUGAGUACUAUGGCAGAUGUUGAUGGAUUUGUGGAGUGGUUGGGGCGGAGUUAUCUUGACCGAGAUAUUGGCUUCUUGUGCUCGGAGAAGUCGGGGGAGUCGGAAUGUUCGCUUGAGAUGGCGAAGGCGAGAGCCAGAUCUGUUAAGCAGGGAAAUAAACUGUUGGACAGAUUGGUAAAGAGUAUUUGUUGGAUGUUUUGUCGAUGUGCGUGA